GGUGGGUCAUCUUGUGGAUUGCGUAAAGUUGGCUUCUUUUUGACUGGGAGAGCGAAGGACCACUCCGGUUGCAGGACUUAUGCAUCUUUGAUUGGGGAUGGAUUAAUUGGGUUUUUUAAGAGGAUGAACUGAUCUUCGCCGUGAGAAAACGACCUCAGUUGCGGAUCGCACGCGCUUUGGGAGUCUGCUGCUCAAGAUGACACCGGACUGCGUGUUAAAGUCUCUGCUGAUGAUCAUUUUAGCGCUCUUCUCCGCGAAUGCGAGCAACUGGCUGUACCUGGCGAAGCUCUCCUCCCUGGGCAGUAUCACAGAGGAGGAGGGCUGUGAGCGUCUGAAGGGCCUGAUCCAGAGGCAGGUGCAGGUGUGCAGGGCCAGUGUGGAGGUGAUGGACUCCGUGCGCCGCGGUGCCCAGCUCGCCAUCCAGGAGUGCCAGCACCAGUUCCGACACCGCCGCUGGAACUGCUCCACCCUGGACACCCCGCCCCUGUUCGGCCGCGUGGCCUCUCAGGGCACGCGGGAGGCGGCCUUCGUGUACGCGGUGUCGGCGGCGAGCCUGGCGUACUCCGUGACGCGGGCCUGCAGCAGCGGGGAGCUGGAGAGGUGUGGCUGUGACCGGAGCGUGCAGGGCGUUUCCCCGGCAGGGUUCCAGUGGGCGGGCUGCUCAGACAACGUGGCGUACGGCGUGGCGUUCUCCGCCUCCUUCGCGGACGUGCGGGAGAGGAGCCGGCGUUCGGCCGCCGGCCGCGCGCUGAUGAACCUGCACAACAACGAGGCGGGGCGGAACGCCGUCCUGAGCCUGAUGCGUGUGGAGUGUAAGUGUCACGGCGUGUCGGGGUCCUGUGAGGUGCGGACGUGCUGGAGGGCGAUGCCGCCCUUCCGCGCGGUGGGGGUGCUGCUGAAGGAGAAGUUCGACGGGGCGACGGAGGUGGAGCCCCGCCGGAUCGGGUCGGCGCGGGCCCUGGUGCCGAGGAACCCGCAGUUCAAGCCGCACACGCCGGAGGACCUGGUGUACCUGGAGCCCAGUCUGGACUUCUGCGAGCGGGACGCGGGCAGCGGGGUGCUGGGCACGGAGGGGCGCGCCUGCAACCUCACCUCCAAGGCCGUGGACGGCUGCCAGCUCCUGUGCUGCGGCCGGGGCUUCCACAGCCGGCAGGCCCAGCUCCUGGAGCGCUGCGGCUGCAAGUUCCACUGGUGCUGCUACGUCAGGUGCAGGCAGUGCCUCAGGAGGGUGGAGGUGCACACCUGCCGGUGA